AUGACGACCCCUCUGACGGAAGAGUCGUCGAUGGACCUCCCCGUCAUCGACCUCAACGUCUUCCUCAACCAGCCCCGCGACUCAGAAGCCACGCGAGCCGAGUGCGCCAAGGCCGCCCGCGCCCUCAUAACCUACGGCGCGCUUGUUCUGCACGACAGCCGCGUCGCCGAGUCGGACAACGUGGCCUUCCUGGACCUGUUGGAGGACUACUUCGCGCAGCCGACCACCACUCUUCAAAAGGACGAGCGGCCCGAGCUGGGCUACCAGAUCGGCGUCACGCUCGAGAACACCGAGAAGCCCAAGUGCGCCGUCGACGAGCCGUGUCUGGACGUCAUCCAGCGCCUGGCCCCCAGCGAGCGGCCCCUGGACAUCACGGCGCACUCGCCCGAUCCCAAGUGUCGCUUCUUCUGGCGCAUGAACGACCCCGCGCCCUACGAGACCAAGUUCCCGGGGCUCAACGCGCCGAAUAUCAUCCCCGAGGCCGAUGGCAUCCGGGAGCGCUGGACUCCGGUCAUGGAGAAGUGGGGGAGCAGUAUGAAGAGCGCUGUGUCUGGACUUGCAGAGAUGGCCGCCGUAGGCAUGGGUCUGGCAGCCGAGACCUUCAGCAACGCAGGACGAUACGGCCCGCACCUCCUCGCCCCGACCGCCUCGGACCUAUCCAAGUACGGCCGCAAAGACAGCAUCCUAGCCGGCUUCCACACGGACCUAAACUUCCUCACCAUCCACGGCCGGUCGCGGUAUCCAGGUUUGCACAUCUGGGCGCGCAACACGGGCCGCAAGAUGGCCGUCAAGAUCCCCGCCGGGAAUUAUGAGCUUCUCGUCCAGGCCGGCAAGCAGUUCGAGCACCUGACGGGCGGGCUCGUCAAAGCCGGCUACCACGAGGUCGUCGUCAACGACGCCACGCUGUCGACCAUCGAGCGGCGCCGCACCGAAAACCCCGACCGUCCGCUCGUGCGCAUCAGCAGUACCUUCUUCUGGCACCUGUCGAGCGACUUUGAUCUCGUGCCCAUCCCCGAGCUGGCCGAGCAGGCGCGGGCCAUUCGCGCGCAGCAGUUCAAUCUCGGCAAGGACGAGGGCGGCGAGGUCGUGUACGAGCCUAUGAAGGUGGGAGAGCAGGUGCAGAGUGAGCUGAAGCAUAUUGCCCUGAUGGUAUGA